UUAUCUCACUAUUUAUAUAAAAUAUUCACUCUCUCUCUUUUUCAAUUUCACAUUUAUUUACUUGGAUUUAUAUAAAAAAAAUAAUAAUUAAUUAGUGUUCUCAACUCAAACUCCGAUUUUGAAACCCAGUGAUCGUCAUGGAUUUCAUAAAUAAAUAAAUCUAUUUGAUCGGUUCUCUCUCUCUCUCUCUUCGCGAAAUUACUCUCUCUCUCUCUCUCUCUCUCUCUCUCUCUCUCUUCGUCUCUGUCUCUCUAGGGUUUGAAGUCAGAACAACUCCUUUGCUCGACACAACACAGUCCGAGAUAUAUAUACGUAUAUCUGUAUCUGUGUGUAUAUAUAUUUUUCCCCAAUUGUACGUUUCUGAGUCUGAAUAUUUUUUGUUUUUAAAAUUUUGUUGUUGAAAAGCAUCGAGUUUCUUUCUACCUUCUACUUGGCGCCCAUGUUGAAGCUUGUUUCAGAAUUCGUCGUCGAUUGCUUUGUCUCUUAAGAUUAGGUAAGAAAUAUCAUUUUUUUUCAGCGGUGUUGAUAUUGAUAUUACCACAAUAAAGAGAGCCUAGCAAAGUGCUUCCAGAUGUUGCUUGGUGUAUGUUGAAUGAUUGCCAGCAUGGACUUAAAUGCCUCGCCACAGCCAGAAGAAGAGGAAGACUCUUUUGAGCCACAUUUAGAAGAAGACAAUGCACCAGAACAUACAGCACAUGUAGAGCAUAUAGAGUCUGCAGUUGAAAUUGCUCGUCGGGAGCGUGAAGAAAGACGGCAACGACUGAAAAGAGAACGCCCAGAUGACAGACCAACGCAUGCAUCUAAGCCACCUAUUUAUGAUCAAAUGCUUCAGAAAAACUUUAGAACUUAUGAUAGAAAUAAGCUUCCCCCUGGUUGGUUGGAUUGUCCUGCAAUUGGUCAGGAAAUUUGUUGCAUGAUUCCUUCUAAAGUUCCACUGGGUGAAUUCUUCAAUGACUGUAUUCCUCCUGGCAGAAGAUACUCUUCUAAGCAAGUGAUUCAUCAACAGAGAGUUUUAGGAAGAAAACUUGGUUUGGUGAUUGAUCUUACAAAUACUAGUCGUUACUAUCCUGCAUCAGAUUGGAAGAAAGAAGGUAUCAAGCAUGUUAAGAUUCAAUGCAAGGGUCGUGAUUCUGUACCUGAUAAUGAGGCUGUAAAUUACUUUGUCUAUGAGGUUUCACAAUUUCUCUCCCGUCAGAAGCUUUCAAAGAAGUAUGUUCUUGUUCAUUGCACACACGGGCAUAAUCGAACAGGGUAUAUGAUUGUUCAUUAUCUCAUGCGUACACUAUGCAUAUCUGUCACACAGGCAAUUAAGGUAUUUGCUGAUGCACGCCCACCAGGAAUCUACAAACCAGAUUAUAUUGAUGCCUUGUACAACUUCUAUCACGAAAGAAAACCUGAAAUUGUUGUUUGCCCUUCAACUCCAGAGUGGAAAAGAUCUUCUGUUCUUGAUCUUAAUGGAGAUGCGGUGCCAGAUGAUGAUGAUGAGGAUGAUGAUGAUGGAGGGCCUGCCGCUCCUUUGCAUGAGAAUCAUGAGAUAGAUGCAGUAAUGACAAAUGAUGAUGUUUUGGGAGAUAGUGUACCCUUCGACCAGCAAAAUGCAAUGCGGCAGUUCUGCUAUCAAGCACUUAAGUUGGGUAUAGGGGUAAGAGGAAACGCACAAUUCCCUGGUUCACACCCAGUUUCACUUAACAGGGACAACCUACAAUUGUUAAGGCAACGGUACUAUUACUCCACAUGGAAAGCAGAUGGAACACGAUAUAUGAUGCUAAUAACCAUGGAUGGUUGUUACUUAGUUGAUAGGAAUUUUAACUUUCGUAGGGUCCAGAUGCGAUUUCCAUGCAAAAGCACUAAUGAAGCUUUAGCUGAGAAGACUCACCACUAUACAUUACUUGAUGGGGAGAUGAUAAUUGAUACUUUGCCGGACUCACAGAAGCAGGAAAGAAGAUACUUGAUUUAUGAUCUGAUGGCAAUUAAUCAAGUCUCUGUUGUAGAGCGGCCCUUCUAUGAACGGUGGAAAAUGCUCGAGAAAGAAGUGAUUGAACCUCGAAACCAUGAACGCCAACAUAUAUACCAAAGUAGAAAUCCAUAUUACAGAUAUGAUUUGGAACCAUUCAGGGUGAGGAGGAAAGAUUUUUGGUUGCUCUCUACUGUCACCAAACUUUUGAAGGAAUUCAUUCCAAGGCUUUCACAUGCGGCAGACGGUCUCAUUUUUCAGGGCUGGGAUGAUCCUUAUAUUCCCCGAACACAUGAAGGCCUCUUAAAGUGGAAAUAUCCUGAGAUGAACUCAGUCGACUUCUUGUUUGAGAUGGUUGAUGAUCGCCAGCUACUUUUUUUGCAUGAACGAGGAAAGAAGAAGCUGAUGGAUGGAAAUAGGGUUGAAUUUGGUGAUGAUUCUGAUCCCACCUCAUACUCGGGGAAGAUUGUCGAAUGUUCUUGGGAUUCAGAGAGAGACGUAUGGGUCUGUAUGCGCAUCAGGGCAGAUAAAUCAACCCCAAAUGAUUUCAAUACUUACAAGAAGGUGAUGCGAAGCAUAAGGGACAAUAUCACGGAAGACGUGUUAUUGAAUGAGAUUCACGAGAUUAUUCGCCUUCCCAUGUAUGCUGACAGGAUACGCAAUGAUAGCAAAGCCCAUCACCACCACUCAAAUUCAGCACGACGCAAGUGAGUGGUAAAACAAAGGAGAGAAGAAAACUGUAGAAGGCAACAGUGGAGACCGGUAAUUAGGACAAUCACCCAAUGAGGUGUACCCUUUACUGUUUACAAGCCAAAGUAAUUGCCGGAGUUCUUUUUUUUUUUUUUUUUUAAAAGUUGAGCAUGUGCAUGAUGAUGGGCCGUAUUGGCAAGAAGGGUGUCACCGAGAGUAGUAGUGUGUAAUUAGCUAUACCUUUAGUUAUAGCCUCUUUGUAAUGUGUGCCAAGCUGGUGGGGGUUGUAUUAUGAUCCAGUUGGUACACAUUAGUAGUAGCAGUAGUACUUUAAAAAAAAAAGAAAAAAUCAUGCCGUGGGGACUACUUGACUUUCUGAUAGCAAUAGGAUCCAUAUGUAUAUUAGCAUUUAUUAUCAUCAGCUUCUCUUUUUCCUUC